UUUCAUUGUAAUAUAAUUCCGGCAGUAUUAUACAUUGAUAGUAAUGAUAGUAGCGAGAAAGAAUUGACAAAAUUAUUAAUGGAAGAUUUAAAUCAAGAACAAUACAAUCGUUAUAUAUUCAUUCAAGUUUUAAGGAAAAGUAAGGCAGAAUUUUUAAAAGAAACAGAAAAGAUAAAAUUGCAAGAAGCUGUUGCGCAAAAAAUCGACAAUAAAGAGGAAUUUUUGAAUAUUAUAACUUCACUUGAAGUGUUACAACAAAUGAAUUUUAAUGAUUCAAAGAAAUUAUCAGAAAUUAGCGACAUUGCGAAACAAUCAUCAGAACAAGACAAUGAAGCAGAAAUGAAAGAUGAAAGAAUGGUAAAAAAAUCAUCCAGAAAAAUGUCACCAGAUUUUCAUUUUAAAUUAAAUGCUAUUACUGUAAAUCGUUUCAUUUACAUAUUUAUUUUAGAAUGCGGAAGUGAUAUUAUCAAAUUGAAAUAG